AUGGACGACUACCAGGAAGCUGAUGGCGUGGGUAUCAAGCGUGUGAUGUCCCAGAUUGAGCAGCUCAUCCAGGGUCUAUUGGCCUCGCAUGAGCGCAGACUCUCCAACCCCAUGCAGGUAAGGGCCAUUCGAUCCCGGAAUAUGUCGCAAGCCUCCGCCGACAUCCCGCACAUGGUGCCAGAGCUCCGCCCAGCCAGCCCAGAUCCGACGCCCAACGCGCCCAACCUCAAUCCCAAGACCCUGCGUCCGCAGACUUCGCAGAUCUCAGUUCCGUCUGCCGUUCAGCCAACGCACAGCCGGCAGGUGACUCCAAGUGACGAGGGCUCUGCACAUGGGGACAACACCUUUCGGCUGCAUGUGGGAUGGGUAAAGAGGCAGGAGGAGCAGGGCUCUUACCGGAUGACGAAGAGCUUCAAUAACAUGCGAUCCUACUCCUGGAACUUCGUCGUCGCAACCCAGCGUGAGGGAGGCCAGAAGCUGUGCCCGCCUGACUGGAAGGGGCUCUGGGUCGCAGCGGCUUUUGCCCUGAUCCUCUUCGACUGUAUCUCCAUACCACUCCUCGCCUUUUCUGUCCGAGAACCGUGGGCCAUUGACCUGAUCCGAGUUGUCUUCUGGACUCUAAGCAUGCCGAGCUUCUUGCGAAUGAGUGGAGGCCUAUGCAGCUUCAAAGGUGCAGCUGAAGUAGUUCUGGAGAUCACUCUCGUGAUCCUCGUCUUUGUGGGCCUGGUCCAGGCAGAAAACCUCUCGACACGAACCCAGUUCGUCUUUCGAGGGCCAGAGCUUCUGCGACUGCGCCACGCCCCUGCGCUCUACCACCUCGGCGCAUUCCCGCGGUUCUUGGUAAGGUGGAAUCGCGGGGAGUUGCGCAGGCUCGAGGUGCGCGCGGCGGCCAACCUCAUCAUCACGCUGAUGGUGUGCUUUGUCGGAGUUCACUUGCUCACCUGCACUUGGUUUGCGGCCGGACGGGUGCCGGAUGGGUGGGCAACAGACGAGGGCCUUUUGGAGCAGCCGGUUUGGGAGCAGUACCGGAGGACGCUGGAGUUUGCGCUGUCUCGCAUCCCUCCAUCGAAGACUACAGACAACAUUAUGCUCACCACGCAGAUGGAGCGAGGCAUCGCCCUGACGGCCACAGCCAUGGCAUUGCUAUUCGGCUCGAUCUUCACCUCCAUCGUGACCAACGACAUGUCGGACAUCCGCCGCGUGCGGCGACAGCAGGGUGAGGCAGACUGCCAGCUGUCUGAUUUCCUGGAGACCUUCCCCGUCUCUUGGAGCUUGGAGCGCCAGCUGAAGGACUACCUGAAGCAGACGGUGAAGAGGGUGUCCUUACCCACCAAGCACGAAAUGCACAGCCUGCUACCAGACCUGCUGUACGCGCAGCUAUGCUGCCAGGCCUUCAGUGCGGUAGUCGGUCGCCACCAGAUGUUCUCCUCCUUGAUGGCGAAGUAUCCUGCCUUUCAGCACGACCUUUGUGUGAAGUCCCUGACAAAUUGGACGGUGGCCCCAAAUGAGGUCCUGUUCUCAGGAGGGCUCUCAUGUCAGAGUAUGCUCUUCGUGGCCUACAACUUCGUGCUGUACAAGGCCAACGGAUUUGUCUCAGCUGCCGAGCGGAGCAACCCCGGAAACGCGAGGACCUGGAGCAUCCACCGCCACAAUACUUUUACUCCCAUCGUUGGGAGUAAGCAGCUGGCCAUGAUAGUGCCAGCAAAGCCAAAGUCGAAGAAGCAGACGGGUGGGGAUGGCCCGAGCCCUGUCUUGCGCGUGACACCCGGCCAUUGGAUGUGCGAGGCGUGCCUAUGGACGCCGUGGACAUAUCUCGGUCAAGCCGUCGCUGGGACAAGCACGAGCCUUUUGUGCUUGAGCCACUCGCAGCUCCUCUCUAUCUCGGCUGGCCACUCGGAUAUCUCGGCAGAGCUUGUGAUUCAUGCGCGGCUCUUCCUGAAUGCGCUCAACGACACGCCUGAUGAGCAGCUGAAUGAUGUGGCCACGAUCUUGUGA